GGACUCCCAUUCCUCGAGCUCCAUUAUGGAACCCCACAAAAUUCACUGUGACCGAGCGGCGCGCCCAGUCGCGAUCAAAAAGAAGCGUAGACCUACGCGUCAAGGUUCCCCAUUCCAGCGAGUCGACGUUAGACCCAACCACUCCCCUUGUGUACAGACACCGUGGAUAAUAAUUGUGUGAGUUGGCAUUGCCGGCUUUGUUUAGUGGGCAACCUCGGAUCUUCUUUGUCCUCUUUCUUGCCUUUCGAUCCCGACAGCGACUUUGCUCAUCCUUGCUGCCUUGCACCGCCGGCGCAUCCACUCUAGAGCUCCCGACGUAAACAACAACACCGACCCAGCUCUCCGGUCUUUGGUCAAUUGCGAUCACCUAGCUUCAGCUUCCGCUACCUCCACUUCGCUACAUUCAAAAACGACUUAUCGAUAAACAACGGCCUCAAGCUUCGCCAUCCGAGUGCGUCACUAGCGAACCAACCACCUAUCAAUACAUUCACCAUCAUCGAUAAACAACAAUGCCACCAAAGAAGGGAGGAGUAACAAAGUCAAAGGCGGUGUCUAAGAAAGCCGCGGCGGUGCCGACGCCCAAGGCCACUCCCCCGGGAAGAAGGAAGUCGCGCGCCAGCAGUGUUCAGCCCGGCGACCCCGUCCCCCAGGGCAAGAAGAGGCGUUACAGACCCGGCACGCUUGCGCUCAAGGAGAUCCGCAACUACCAAAGGACGACAGAUCUCUUGGUUGCCAAGCUUCCCUUUGCGCGAUUGGUCCGCGAAAUAGCCAUGCAAUUCCGCCCCAUGGACGAGGAAAUGCGUUGGCAGUCGCAAGCCAUCCUGGCCCUGCAAGAGGCCGCCGAGGCCUUUCUCGUCCACCUGUUCGAGGACACCAACCUGUGCGCCAUCCACGCCAAGCGCGUCACCAUCAUGCAGAAGGACAUCCAGCUGGCUCGCCGGAUACGCGGCGUGUGGGGAGGUGCUGGGUGGGUAUGAGUGUGAUUAGCGCAUGGCGGUGCGGCUGAUGCAGCAACAGCAGCGGUAGCGGAAGCGGAAGCGCAGUCGAAAGUUGUUGCUACUACUACUACUACUUCUACUACUUAUUACUACUGUAAUGGACCAUAAGGUUUAGCCUGGCAUGGUCUGGCUAUGUCAAUUUGGUCCAAGUCAGUCAGAUAUCCUAUCUCGAGCAGCGAGAAGGGAACGGGAGGUGUUAGGGAAGUGGAAGGGAUGAAAUUGCCAGGGUAUGGGUAUUCCCAAAAGUUGAAGGCGCGCGACGUUGGAUCGUGUCUUCUUGCUCGGUUGGGUUGUAGGAAGGGAGAGGACACGGGAUUGUGAUAUGUCCCGUGACUCCGCCUACAGAAAAUCCCAUCGCCAGUACGACGGCAGAAAGAACGAUGAACGGACGGCAGCCAAGAAUCUGCGCGCACUUGGAUGACUUUAGCUGGCUCAAACAGCUUUAGCGUGGGGGCCAAAGAGAGAG